AGACCAUUCCCAUUCGUCUCCUCCUCCCUCUAAAUCUUUCCCAAAUCCUACUUCCUCCCUACUUUUACAUUCUCUCUCUAAAUAUCGCCGGAAAAGAAGCAGUGUUGUAAAUGGCGACCAACAAGUUCGCCACUCUGAUACACCGGAAAACCAACAGAUUCACGCUCCUUCUCGUCUACGCUUUCCUCGAGUGGACUCUCAUCUUCUUCAUCCUCCUCAACUCUCUCUUCUCUUUUCUCAUCCUCAGAUUCGCCGAUUUCUUCGGCCUCCAGCGCCCAUGUCUCUUCUGCUCCACCCUCGACCGUUUCUUCCACUCCUCCGCCAGUUCUCUUUCUUACCGAGAUCUCUUGUGUCACGAUCAUUCUCUUCAGGUUUCCAGAAUCCGCUUCUGUCCCACUCAUCGGAGGUUCGCGGAAUCCGGGGACUUCUGCGAGGACUGCUCCUCCUCUACUGACUUACCCGAGGAUUUGAUCGAGCGUUGUCCUUGUUGCGGAGCUAGCGUCGAGAACAGAGCUUCGCAGCCUUGUCCUCUGAUCGAUCCCGAUUCGGGAAUUUUAGGUUUUAGCGAUGAUGGGAAACCGAUUGGAGAAGAAAUUCCCGUCGGAGUCGAGAUUCCUGUUGAACAAAUCCGAUCCGAUUUCGUUUGCACAGAAGAUAGCGUACGAUAUAGCGAUUCCCUGGAACGAGGCUUUACGAGGGAGGAAGAAUCAAAGGAGAAGCUUCCUUCUGAGGACGAAAAGAUGAAAGAAGACGAAAACAGUGGCAAUCCAACUGUUCACCAAGCUACCGGCGAAAAAGACGAAGUUAACGAUGGUGGUGAUGAAAAUGACGGCGAGGAAGAAUUCUCGCGUUUCAUUUCCAGUUUUGACUGUAAUAAGGAACCUAGUUCAGUAAAGGAAGAAGAAAACGAAGCAGAUUUGGUUAUGGAGGUCGAUAUUGCCCAGAAAACGAGCGUGGCAGAAUUGUCUACGGAUAAACCCACUGAAGCCUCGCAGAAACACCUCGAGUUCUACAUCGAUGGCCAGGACUGUCAUUUGAUUCCGGUCGAAUUCUUCAGACCAGGCGAGGAAGUUCGAGAAAUUUCGGACAUCAACGGUGAUGUUAUUCUCGAUUUUGAUGCCGAGGUUAAUUUCUCGGUGGAGAACGGAGGAUUCUCAGAGUUGAGAAUCGCAUUUGCUCCGCAGGAUGAAUCGAAGCCGGAGGAUGAUUCUUUAGCAGAAGAUUUAGUGCAAAUGGAGAAUGACGAAGAAGCUGAUGGAGAGGUUUCAAUAGGCACAGAGAUUCCUGAUCACGAACAAAUGGAUGAAGCUCCCUCCCACGAAAUCACUCCUGAUGACGACGAAGACGAUUGUGAGCAAGCGGAAGAAACGUUAGAGUUCAGGACAGUGGCAUUCGAAACCAAAAGGCCCCUCAUUAACGUCGGCAUUCGGCUCGACGAAGAGAGCCAUACGGAGACUCGUGGCUCAGCCGACAUCCUCCACAGCCCACGGCACCCACAGUUUCACCUUGAUCAAAGAGAAUCGGGAGCUGAAGACUCUCUGGACGCUGAGAAUGAGUCUCCCAACGGAAACUUGACCAUCGAGAAGCUGAAGUCGGUAUUAUGGGAAGAGAGAAAGGCCCUCAAUGCCUUAUAUGCUGAGCUGGAGGAAGAGAGAAACGCAUCUGCGAUUGCAGCUAAUGAAACGAUGGCUAUGAUAAAUAGGUUGCAGGAAGAAAAGGCAGCAAUGCAGAUGGAGGCGUUGCAGUACCAGAGGAUGAUGGAGGAGCAAUCUGAGUAUGAUCAAGAAGCACUGCAGCUCAUGAACGAGCUCAUGGUUAAACGUGAGAAGGAGAAAGGAGAGCUUGAAAAGGAGCUUGAAUUGUUCAGAAAAAGAGUGGAGGAGUUCGAAUCAAAUGAAAAGAUGGGGAUGUUGAGGAGGAGGGGGAGGAGAGAUUUAUCAGUUGAUUCAUAUAAAAAUGGUGAUUUAUGCGAGAAUGGCGGACACGAUAACGACAGAACAGAUGAGAACGGCGAUUCAGAUGACCGAUAUGGAGUUAUUGAGAUCGAGAGCACACCAGCUGAUGCAGUGCUUUGUCUUGAGGAAUGUUCGGUUGAUUUUGAGAGAGAGAGGCUUUCAAUUCUCGGGCGGCUGAAAGUUCUAGAAGAGAAACUCUCUACUCUGAAUGACGAAGAGGAUGAUGGGGACGAGAUUUUCGAGGAUGUUAAAUUAGUUGAAAAUGGCCAUGUCGGGGAAAACAUGCACUUCCAUACCAAGGAGGUGAAUGGGAAGCACAAGGUUCUCAAGUCAAAGAGGUUACUACCGCUAUUUGACGCGGUAGAGGCAGAGAUGGAAAAUGGGUUAUCUAACGGAAACCACCAUGAGAACGGGGUUGAUCAGUCAGAGAAUGGUGGGAUUGCCAUUGAUGAGGAAAUUGACGAGCUGUAUGAGAGGCUGGAAGCUCUAGAAGCAGACAGAGAAUUCGUGAGGCACUGUGUUGGGUCGUUAAGAAAAGGGGAUAAAGGGGUUUAUCUCCUCCAACAAAUUCUGCAGCAUCUCCGUGAUCUGAGGAAUGUGGAGCUUCAAGAGAGAAGUUCAGGAGACAUGGUUCUAUGAUGAGCUGACACUGAACAAUUGGACAGUUCAGCGAUUAGCCUGUGUGGCUUGACAGCGAAGAAACGAGGUCUGGAGCAAGAGACGCCAGAAGAAAAAAAAGGUCACGGCGCAGACAGAAUAUGGUCGGGAGGGAAGGCAGUUUGAAGCUAAUGGUAGGUAUGGUGAGAAUGUCUGGACACAAAAGUCUGAAGGAGGGAUCUUUUGUCUUCUUCUUGCCUUUUUUGUUUUUGAAUAAAAAUAAGUGGAGGGUCUGAGAGUAUCAUUUCAUCCUUUUUCUUCCCGGGGGGAGGAGUGAAAAAAGGUGGAAUGAUGAGAGUGAGUGAAUGAAUGUGCGAGUGUAGUCAGAGGUGUGAGCGAAGCCAAAGAUUAUAUAUAUAUAUAUAUAUAUAUAUAUAUAUAUAUAUAUAUAUAUAUAUUGAUGUUGAGGCAUAGCUGGAAAAGGAUCCAGCAUUUGAGAUUCCAGCUGCCAAGGUACAUAUAAUAUACACAUAUGCAUAUGGUAGUACAUUUAGGAACCUCUUGUCUUUGUCUUGGGGGUAAUUCUUUUUUUUUUAUUAUAAAAAGUUUAGACUUGAAGAGGCCGAAGAAGAAGGAAGGGGUAAGUAACCUCAGGUCUUCAAUUUUGAUUGCUCUUGUUGUUCUUGUUGUUGGGUUCGACCACUGCAAUCGUGUGGGGUUUGGUUAUGGAAAUAUGUUUUUUUUUUUUUUGUACAAUUGCUCUGUAUGCCUGUUUUACUCCAAUCUGUUCUUUAUUAUAGAUUGCUAUUGUUAUAUCAUUUGCUCAUUUUAGAUUAUAGCAUGGACUUUCCUCUC